AUCACAUGAUCCACCUCCUUGCCAAACACGGAAGUCAUGGGUUCUCUGGUGGGAACUCAUUAAAGCAGUCGCACCGAGCUGCCAAGCAUGCCUCUUUCGCAACAAAAUACACUUUUAGCCUGUUUUUUAUUUUAUAUUUAUGCUGCCGCGUCAAGCGAGGACGCCAACGUCACACCUUCCACCCCGACUGUGGUAAAUUAUCCCGUUUUUAAGCCCGCGCGAGUGGACCCCCCCGCCUCCCUGCGGUUGUCUGCUUUCCCAGGCGACUUGGAGAUCAGCGACUACUGCAGCCAGCUGCUCCGCAUCUUCGGCGAGCGGUAUGUCGCCUAUGUCAACUGCCUGGUUCCGUCGGCACGGCCGGUUAAAGUGUGCCAGAACUGUUUUGCCAGCUAUGGCAGCCUGGUGGAAACCUACACGAACAUCUCCUCCGACCAGAUGGGUCCUGGCAAUGAAAGCUGCAGGGACAGCCUUCUGCGAGGAGACCGUCUAAUGCUGGUUUAUCUGCUCUUCAACAACUUGAAGGAUCUGUGGAGCAAAUCAGCCUGUGACCGCUGUAUAAUGGAUGGAUUCCAGAGCCUAACCAAUGACACGCUAUACUUCAUGUCCACCCUCAACCAAACACUCAGCUGCUUUGAGAGUUACCAACUGGGGAACCACACAGAACUUUGUACAAACUGUAAGAGCGCCUACAAGAACCUCAAUGCUCUAUACAGCGGCAUGGAGAGCAAUCAGACUUUGUGUAUCGACAUUGAAGACGGGAUGAACAUGACCCGCAGACUGUGGAGUAAGAAUUUCAAUUGUUCCUUCCCCCGGGAGGAGACGGUGCCUGUCAUCGCCGUGUCCAGCUUCAUGCUCUUUCUGCCCAUCAUCUUCUACUUGAGCAGCUUCCUUCACUCAGAACAAAAGAAACGCAAGCUCAUACACCCCAAGAGGGCGAAGUCCUACUCCUCCAGUCUGGUGAACGUCCAGGACAAGCAGAGCUGAUUGAAGCCAACGGGAGGAAAAUCCAUCAUUUUGUACAUUUUGCAGGUUUGACGCUCCUCUGGCCAACAGCAGCUUGUUUUUCCACAGGCUGCCUUUACCUGUCAGUAUUUAAAGGAUGCACAUUAACUUCCUGGAAUUUUCAUUUCACAUCCUGUCUUGACUUGAGGUCAUUUUUCCCCUUCAUAUAUUUAAUAUAUAGAUUAUCUAAAAACCGCACACUGUACAUUUCAUUUGUCCAUAUAGCCUAAGACUUUUUAUUGCAGUUGUAACCAGGCGUCACCAUUAAAUUACAUUUUUCCCCCCCUUAUCAAUGUUAGUGCGCUGUUAUUACAUUUAUACACAUUCUACACAUAUUUAAUAGAAAAUUGAAUAAAUUUAUUAUGCAGGUGGCUCAUUUUAACUUGAUUUCUAAAAGGCAGGAUUGUUAUUUCCUAGUAUGUGACUAGUAAUUACAUAGUUACACAUGUUGCUGCACAAAGAUCCCACAUCAUUGUGUGUGUGUGUGUGUGUGUGCGUGCGUGCGCACGCACAUGAAUGAAUGCUUGUGUGUGCUGCAGUUAUGGAUCGAGAAAUGGGUUUUAUGUCUGUAAUGCAUGUCCAGAAGAGAGCCACAUAAAAAAGGAAGUACUUGAUGUCCAUUAGCGGUGACAUGUGUCUGCUUCAUGAAGAGGGUGCACAUCACUGCUGUUUGUUAUAAAAAAUAAUAAAAAAAACACCACAAGACAUAAGUCAUGAGAGCACUCAGUAAUGAAAAAGUGCAUGAAGAUGUUACCUUUCUGCCAAAAUUACUCUUUUAUGGAUGCAUUAAGCUUAUAAUGUGUUUUGUGCCUGUUUUUUUGUAGCUGAUGUUUGGCUCUAUUCAUUUUCAUGACCUGAUAUUUACACAUUAGCUUUAUGAAUCGCGACUAAUGUCUCGUCACCUCUUGGGAGCUCUGAGCGUCUCCAUUUCCUCAAAAUCUCAUUAAAAAUAGAAUUCAUUUUAUUCAUAAUUUUUGGUUCAGUUAAAAGAAGCAUUUAAAGAAAAUUUUAAUGUGUGUGCGAUGUUUUCAAAGUAGAAUUUAAAAGCCUUUUAAGAAAUUGAACCCGCAAAAAUAGCAGAAUAUAAAAAUACCACACCUAAAAAUAACCAAACUACCGGUAGUUGAAAACUUCAAUAACUACUUCAUAAAUAUUGGACCAAAUCCGGAGGAAAAGAUUCCAGAUCUGAUCGAUACCAUAGACAGAAAUCACAUUUGUGAAUAAAUGUAAAUCUAAGACCUCAAUGGAUUGUAAUGGAAGUGAUAUAGAAAUGAUAAAAAAGUUUAUUAAAAUUAUUAAAGUAACCUAUCAUUUUAAACCGGUAUAUUCCCAAACAAAAUGAAUAUAGUGGAAAAAUAAAAGUGGAACGAAAUAUAACCAAUAUGGAUGGCAUUAUUUGAAAAUAAUAGAGGAAAUUACCAACGUAAUAGAUUGUAAACAGUGUGCAGUUGCAGCGUUUAUAGAUCUAAUUAAAGCAUUUGCCGCAAUUAACCAUCUUAAUCAACAAAUUAAAAGUGUAUGGCAUCAGAGACACAUCCCAAGCGCUAAAUGUUGUAGAUGUGAAAUCUUGCGGCCUACCCCAGAAAUCAAAAGUACGACCACAAUUGUCCAGUCUCUAUGUAACUGUCAUUUGUAAAGUUACAAAUGUCUUAUUGGCAACAUAACAUGACAGUGUUAUGUUCAGAAGUCAAUACAAAUAAUAGAAGAAGUGAAUAAAAUAAAAAGAUGGUUUGACAAAAGCAGACAUUCUUUGAAUCUCAGUAACACUAAAAUAAGGCUAAAAGCAGAAGAGAAAGUAAAACACAAAUACAAAUCGAUAGAGUAAACAUUGAAAGAGUAAAAAAACACAUUUUUGGGUGUAAUAAUAGAUUAUAAAAUGAACUGGAAUAUAAAUAUAUAACAUACAUAGUGGCAAGAAAUAGGGUAAUUCAAAACGAAUUUGCCAAAAUUAUUACUCCAUAUUUAAAUAAUGAAAAACAAAAGAAAACCUAGCUUGAACACGUGUUACACAUAACUUAGAGUAUUUAUUUCAUGCUUUAGAAGUGCUCAAUAUGGCCACCACCGGACAACAUCAAGACAAUAUGAGAAUUCCUCCCAGGAUGCCGCGAUCCACCGUGUUGAUUGCUGCUGUUUUUCGAUAUCUUAUGUCAUCGAUAUUUGCUGGCAACGGUGAAAACAUCAAUUUGUCUUUAACAUAACCCGACAGAAAAAAAUCACACACAGUUAUUCAGAUAAGUUUGAACAUAGAGAUGCCAAUUUUGUUGAAAAACAAAGUUAUUUGAAUCUGCUUGAAGUGAAGUAUAUAUAAUAUGUAAAUAUUACAUAUACCGGUAUGUUAUUUUAUAUUGCUACCAUGGUACAUUUUUUGUGUAUUUUAUAUCUGCAUUAUCCUUUCCAUCCUUACCCUUUCCAUCCUUUGAAACUGAGCUACUGUACUGAACAAUUCCCCUUGUGGAUCUAUAAAGUUUGUCUAAGUCUAGAUGUUGAUAAAAGUAUGUUUUGAGUGUC